AUGACUGACUGGUAUCGUGGACGAAUUAAGAAGCCAGAAAACAAGGAAGAAAUUGUCGAAUUGAUCAAGGAUAAAUUGCCAACGGUGAAAAAGGCAUUUUAUCUUCUUUUUCCUAACUUCGUAAAACUUGUUUUCAGUUUAUCACAUAGCUUUUAUUCUGAAUUCCAGUGGCGUGACAAGGCUAUCUCCCUUGAAGGCGAAACACCAGCCGAAUCAGCAGCCAAACGGUUACAAUUUCUCAGAGAUGUGGCUCUUUCUGUACAGACAAUGAACAACGAAACGAAGGAAGAUAUUAGAUCGCAGUUUCCAAUGGCAGUAAAUUUAACUGAAGGAUUUGGCUUCACCGUGCUUACAACCAUGGCAAUGAUUGUGCAAAAAAUUAUGGAAGCUUUCGGUGCUACUGGUGCAGGGACUGUUGCUCCACAGGAUUGUGCCGUACCUGUAAAUUAG